AUGACUGAGAUCAUCAAACACAAUUACGUUUUGUCGUCCUGCACAUUCUUUAAACCUCACGUAACUUCUUUCUCGCAGGAUGUGAAAUCUUCAGGCUAUGAGGCGCCUCGCGUAUGCGCAGAAGCUCUUGGUAAAGUGCUGUCAGAUAAGAGCGCCCUCAUCGUCGACUGUGCUGCCGGCACCGGUAUAGUGGGCGAAGAGUUAUUAUAUUUAAAAAACAUCGGUUUCAAUUCUAUCGAUGCCGUGGACUAUUCCCAGCAGAGUUUGGACAUCAGCGCCUCGAAAGGAGUCUACAGGCGGCUCAUUUGUAAUAAAUUCGACGAAAACAAAAUCGAGGAAAUUAAAGACGAUUCCUGCAGCGCUCUUAUUUGUGUUGGCGCUCUAUUGAUGAACCAUUUCACACAGACGGCAUUCCCCGAAUGGAACCGAAUAGUCAAACAAGGUGGUUUCAUGGUGUUUACUCUGAGCAGAGUGGAAUAUGACGAUGGUUUACCCGACCACAGACUGGUCAUUGGGAAUGGCAUCCAAGAACUUCUCGACAAAGGAACUUGGGAAUUGAUCGAGAAGACGGCUAUACCUUACCACAGUGGAUACCUGGCCGAUAUGUUCACCAUCCGCCUUAAAAACAAAUCAGAUCUUUAGACCUACCCUAAUAGACGGUCUAGUUCUGCCUUUUACAGGAAAGUAACGGUUCAAGAAAAGAAUAGAAAGAAUAGAAAAUGGAGAGUCACAAAGUGGUCCGUCCUAAUCUCUUGUCAGGAAUUCAGCGUUCCACUUAUCAGGCCUAAAUAGCCAAGAAAUGAGUGUCCAUUUUUUUUUUUUUUUUUUUUCAUUUUCAUUUUCAUUUCAUUUGGUAACAUUUUUUUUCCAAAUCACAAACGAUAUAAAAGAAUACAGAUAAGAAGUUCAAGUCAAGAAGAGGAGACAAAACCUAAAAAGCAAAAGUUUGUGUAAGGAAUGCCAUGCAUA